UUAGGCUGGAGUGUGUAUGGGAUUGGACAUGUUGGAGGGUACCCCUCUGUCCCAUUUCGUGCCUGGUAUAUUUAAAGUCACGCCACAGUCACACACGUACGCAAAGACAUGCAGUCUCAGCACCGUCAAUGGAUCGUAGGGUGCACAAACUGCAGGGUGCAUAAGGAUUUAUGAUUAUGUGCAAGUGAGCUGCGGAAAUAUGCUAGUAAGAUUCAAGUAAACAAAUGCUAUCAAUAUGACUGUACGGAGUUUGGGGCAUUUUACACCACUAACAAGCACGUUUAUCGAGCGGCUGAUGUGGGAACCAUUCCCACUGCCUCUUCAAAUGAAGACCAUGUUUGCAGCUUUGGAGUUACGUGCUUACUCAUCAAAAUCCCACGGCCACCGAAGGAAAUUGUUUCGUUCGGUAAAAACAUGCAGUUGGAAUAUCAUCCGGAAAAUAUUCAUAGGGUCGGCAUGGACCAGGUGCUUGGAAAGUUCAACUGGUACUGCGGAGUCAACAACACCGAGACUCUGGAUAAUUUGACCUUUGACCUGAACCACACCCUGUACAAUGCCUGCUUUGUGGAUCUGGCUUACACCCUGCCACACCUCAUCUUCAUCGUCUUGGGCGUCCUGGUUCUCUUCAUCCUGGGAUGCUGCACCCGCAUCCGGAAGGAGCGCCACUGGUACCUCAUCCAGUACCCAGGCCACAACUGCCGCUGGGUGAUCAACUUCAUCUUCUUCUCCUUGCUACUCUGCCAGAUCGCCGAAGGCAUCCUGAAUGAGCUGGAGGUCUACAACGGACAGCCCACCAGGCCACACCUGUACGUCCCCGCAGUGCUGGUCUUCGUGGGCACCAUCCUGGCCAUGUUCUACUACAACCAGAUGGAGACCUGGAAUCGCCGGCACAUGGCCUGGCUGCUGCUGGUAUACUGGGCGCUGGCCCUGGGAGGCGAGGUGACACGACUCCUGAAUUUCCUGCAUGAUCUGGGGGUGGAUCUCACCAUAUUACGGGUUGAUCUCAACCUGGCAGCUAUUGCCAUUUACAGCCUGUUCCUUCUGCUGGAGCUAAAUGUCAUCCGAGUAAAGAUCUUCAAGUGUUGCUGUGAAGAGGAGAAGUUUCCAGAGGACUUGAAGAAGGACGACAUGCAUUAUCUGCAGGGCUACACCAGCCUGCUGUCGUCGGCAUUCUACUGGUGGCUGAACUGGAUCUUCAAGAAGGGCUACAAGCAAGCUCUAGAGAUGUCAGACCUUGGCAGCCUGUCCGAGAUACACACCACCAAGUACCAGAGGGACACCUUCACCAGAGCCCUCAAGAAGGAGCAGGAGAGAGCCAAGGCAAACAAGACAUCGCUCAGCCUCUACCGUGUCUACGCCCGAGCCUUUGGCUUCCGCAUCCUUGUCGGGGGCUUUGUCAAGUUCUUCGGCGAUGCGGCCACCUUCAUACCACCCCUGGCACUGGCAGGAGCCAUCAACUACGUCACCAAAAUAUUCUACAAAACACCGGAGGAGGAGUACAUACGGGGCGAGUACGUCUCGGUGCAGGAGUUUCUGAGUAACGGCUUUGUGCUGAUCAUCAUCAUGUUCUGGUCCAACAUUGUCAAGCUGCUGUCUCAGCAGGGUCACUACCACAUUGUCAUCACGGAGUCGGCUCACCUGAAGUCCUCCAUGCAGGCUGCAAUAUACGACAAGUCGCUGCGUCUCUCCAGCUACACCAUUAGCGGGGGCUCCAUGACCAUGGGCCAGAUCACCAACCACAUGUCGGUGGACACCACUAACAUCCUCAACUCCACACAGUGGGUCCACUACAUCUGGUCCAUUCCAUUCCUGAUCAUCGGCUACAUGGUGAUUCUGUACUUUGAGCUGGGAGUGGCUUCCCUGAUUGGCUGCGUCGUCUUCUUCAUCACCAUACCGAUCCAAGCUGUCAUAGCCAGGCAGACGGCCAAAUACCAGAAGGCUAUCAUGGAAAAAUCGGACGAGCGUCUGAAGCGAACCAACGAGUUGCUGCAGGGGAUCAAGCUGAUCAAGCUGUACGGCUGGGAGGACAUGUUCUACACGGCCAUCAAGAAGGUCCGAGGCCUGGAGAUCCUAAACAUGAUGAAGGCAAUGGGCUGGCGGAUUCUGUUGACAACCAUUACCAGCGCCAGCCCACUCAUGGUGACUCUUGUGUCUUACGGCCUGUACACCAAGCUCACCGGCCUGCCGCUGACCUCGGGCGUGGCCUUCGCCGCCCUCUCCGUCUUCAACCAGAUGUCCCUCCCCCUCUUCCUGAUGCCCAUGGUCUUUGUCAUGCACAUCAACGCCGUGGUCAGCACCAAGCGGCUGCAGGCGUUCUUUGAGGCCGCUGAGAUCGAGACACUGGAGCUGGACGAGGGGGACACCGAGAUCGAGGCUGGCAAGGGACUCAUCAAUGAAAAGGUUGCCGUGCGUCAACCCAAACGCCAUCGUGCAGAGGACAGGCAGAGGUUGCUCUCGUCAAUGGAGGACGAGGAAGACGGGGUGAUGGAGGGUAUCCACAGCGUCUCACGUUCGCCAGUGCAUCCCAGCAUCCCGGACAACCUUGCAAUAAGGAUCCAAGGGGACUAUACAUGGGACCAGACUGCCAGUACACCCACCAUCAGAAACAUCGAUUUGGAUAUCCCAGUUGGAAAACUGACCAUGGUUGUGGGUCAGGUCGGCUCAGGCAAGUCCUCUUUACUGUCGGCCAUCCUGGGGGAGAUGACCACAGUCUCGGGCCGCGUCCAGUGGAACAGGAAGUACAACUCCGUGGCCUACGGAGCACAGAAGGCGUGGCUGUUAAAUGCUUCCCUCAAAGAGAAUGUACUCUUUGGCAACCAGCUGGAAAAUGACAGGUACAAGAGGGUGAUAGCGGCCUGCUCCCUGCAGCCGGACAUCGACAUUCUCCCUGGUGGAGACAAGACGGAGAUCGGAGAGAAGGGAAUCAACCUGAGCGGUGGGCAGAAGCAGCGUGUCAGCGUAGGCAGGGCCAUGUACAGUUACAAUGAGGUCGUCAUACUGGACGAUCCCCUGUCCGCCCUGGACAUGCAUGUGGGCAGUCACCUUUUUAAGGAAGGCAUUGAGGACUACCUCAUGAAGAAGAGCAAGCGCACGGUCAUCCUGGUCACGCACCAGCUGCAGUAUGCCGACAAGGCGGACAAGAUCGUUUACAUGAAGGACGGCCAGAUCCAGCACCAGGGAACGCUGGAGGAGAUCCGGGAGGAGAACCCGGAGUUGGUGGCCAACUGGACGGCCACAGCCAAUGAGGCGAUGGAGGAGUCGGAGUCGGAAGGGGAAGAGCAGGUCAAGGAAGAGCGAGCCAAGCUGGUGCGGCAGGUCUCCAGCAUCAUGGAAGAGGAGAAGAAAGCCGAGCUGGCCAGAUCGGAAUCAACAGCCGGCAAACUGGUUGAGAAAGAAGAACGGGCAGAAGGCUCAGUGUCCUGGCGCGUCUACCUAGUCUACAUCAGGCAUCUAGGCUUCGGGGUCUUCUUCUUCCAACUGCUGCUGCUGAUGGGCCGAAACGGUUUGAGUAUAGGCACCAACUACUGGCUGGCAGCCUGGUCGGAACACGGCAACACUCUCAACAUCUCCCAGAACGGAACCGAGGAUCCUCUACUUGGUUACUACCUGGGUGGCUACGCAGGUCUUUCUGUGGCCAAUAUAAUCAUCGGAGCUGCCGCAUCAACGGUCCUGUACAUUGGCUCUCUGAUAGCUGCAAAGAAGCUUCACAACAGCAUGUUGAACACCAUCAUAAGUGCCCCGCUCAGAUUCUUUGAUACUACCCCAAUUGGGCGUGUUCUCAAUCGGUUCUCUUCAGACACAGCUGUCAUUGACAUGCAACUCGGAGGGACUCUACUUACUUUCUUGAGCUUCAGUUUGAACUGUAUAUCGGCUGUGCUGGUGGACGCCAUUGUCACCUGGUACUUUGUCAUUGCGCUGAUCCCCAUCUUUUUCUUGUACAUCUUGCUGAUGAAGGUUUUCAUCACUACAUCCAGGGAGCUACAACGUUUGGACAGCAUCAGUAAGUCACCAGUCUACGCUCACUUCUCGGAAUCACUGGGAGGCUUGUCCACCAUCAGAGCCUACAAACAGCAGCAGCGUUUCCAGAAACUCCUCGUCAAAAAGAUCGAGUCCAGUAACUUGACUUUCUUGUAUCUGAACACUGGAAAUAGGUGGCUGGGUAGCCGACUGGACUUGAUCGGAGCUUCGAUCGUGUUAUUCGCUGGACUGGCCACCAUGGUCACUGCCUUAACUGGGGGAAGUCUUCAACCCAGCUUGGUUGGCCUGGCAAUCACCUAUGCUCUCAGUAUCUCUAGCCAAUUGAACUGGGUGAUCCGCAUGUCGGCCAAUCUAGAGAUGCAGAUGAACGCAAUGGAACGAGUGGAGUACUACAAGUCUGUCAAGAAAGAGGACUAUGACGGCUUACUAGAGCCAGGCAGCGAUUGGCCCGACAGGGGUGAGAUCCUCUACAAGGGUGUCUCGGCCCGCUACGCCACUGAACUCGAGCCCGUGCUCCACGACAUUGACAUCCACUUCAGGGCUGGAGAAAAGGUCGGGAUCUGCGGUCGGACUGGGAGCGGCAAAUCAUCCCUAACUCUGACCCUCUUCAGAAUCAUCCAGACGUUCAGAGGGCAAAUCUUGAUAGAUGGCAUGAACAUCGCCCACCUGCCGUUGGUUGAAGUCCGCCGUCGUUUGGCCAUCAUUCCACAGGACCCUGUGCUUUUCACAGGCACCAUCAGGUUUAAUCUGGAUGCACGGGGUGAGCACGAUGAUAAUGCAUUGUGGGAAGCCCUGAAGAUCGCGCAGCUGAAAGAUGUGGUGUCAGAUCUUGACCUCAAACUGGAUGCCAUGGUGACGGAGGGAGGUGAGAAUUUCAGCGUGGGUCAGCGUCAGCUGUUCUGUUUAGCUCGUGCCUUCUUGAGGAAGACUCGCAUUCUUGUCAUGGACGAGGCCACUGCCUCCAUCGACUUGGAAACGGAUGCCAUUCUCCAAGACGUUGUAGCCUCUGCCUUUAAAGAGAGGACCGUACUCACCAUAGCUCACCGUGUGCAAACCAUCCUGGACUCGGACCACAUCCUGGUUCUGAACGAGGGUCGGAUCGCCGAGUAUGACACGCCACAGAAUCUGCUGGCUCAAGAGGACAGCAUCUUUGCCUCUCUCGUCAGGGCUGGAAGUUAAGGAGGUGGUCCCUGAGGCGAAGACACUGACUUAAACCUCACUCAUCACAAAAGUAGUACAACUGGCUCAAUUUCAGAACACUGGGGAAGUAUGAAAAGAACUUUGCAAUGACCGUGUCGUAAGUGACCAUUAUGUGAGUGUCAGAGCCAGGGGGAAAUGAUUAUGUUUGGAUUGCCAGUGUGGUUUGGAGAAUUAAAACUGUUGGUUCCUAUUAAGGCCUUAAUUUGUUUGUUGUUAUCUCUGACCAACGAUUAUUGAUGAAGUCUUUACAGCUUCUUGAAAUUUUCUUAAAACAUCUGUGUUCUUGAGUAGAUAGAAAAAAAUGCCUACAGAGUAUUCUAUUUUCCCCAAAUACCUCGUCUUUUGACAAUUUUUCCAACAACUAUUGUCAUGUCUCAUGCUAAGGGACAGCAGCACUCAGCUUUAAGUUCCCUUUUUUAUAUGGUUUUCGUAUGAUUUAAGUUUGGCACUCUGUGGUUGGUCAUUGAGACUUGGCUAGUUCAGUAUUCCAACUCCGCUUAUGCACAUCAUUCGAUAAUUUUCUCUUUGGAGAUUAAUGAUCUACGACAUGUAUUCAGAAUUACUGAGGUUACCAACAAAAUUGAAGCUAAGUUCUUGUUCCUGAAGUAAGUACAAAACUUACUGCGAUUGUAGGCAGCUCUGUGCUUCAGUGCUCCCAAUUUUUGUGAGAACUAUUAUCCAAAUUAUUGUUUUGAAUGCAGAUUUAUCCACCAUUGCUACAUAGACGCUAUAAACAUCUGGAUCCUUUAAAAACCAUUGAUGUAACCCUUUUCCUUAGAUUUGAGGAUAAGGUGACCUUUGCUGAGCUCUCCAUAAAACUCUGAUUACUUCACCUACUGUUGCCAGCACUGAUCCUAUUGCUGGUUAGGUGUGGAGAAAUCUUUAAAAAGGCCUGUAACCCUGCCCAUUGGUGAAUAAUUGGGAGUUGUUCAAAAUCCCUGAAAAAACUUCCGUUUGGUAUGAGACCUUUAAACAUCCAAGGAUAAAUAUCCUUGAAACGGCCCUUAAGGAUUCACUCCACAGCCAAGUGGUACUUCAAUGAGAACAUAUUAUUGUGGGAUUGUGUACAUCCAUCUGCAGUGUUUGCCCCGAAGUGAGAAUUAUCGAAGAAUGCCAACCUCGUACGUAGUUGGGAUAUUGAGCUGGCUUCUGAAAUGUCACUGGUUCAGUGCACCCACCUUACAGAAUGUCCAGCUUUGUUAUGGGUUGUUGUGUACAUUCAAGCAUUGCACUGCCAUUUGAUAAAUCUACAAGUUCGUUGUUAAAAAUGCACUCAGAGAUGUGAUACGCCCUAGGUGUAUUUCACCGAUUGGCCUGUGAUACGAAAGUUCUGGCAUGCACAUGCUGAAAUACAUGUAGCUGCCUUGUUUUUUCUGUCCUAAUUUAACACAGCUUGGUCAAAGAAAAACACUUAUUCAAGAUGUCUUUUGUCGUAAGGACUUCAAAUGUAGCAGGGUUCCGGACUGGAAAUAUGAAAGGGUUUUAUAGUAUUUUUGGAAGGUGGUUUUUGAGUUUUGAGUUUAUAUUUUGAGAUCACAAAGUGAGUUUAGUUUUGGUAGGUAGUUUAUUCAUAGAAAGGGUCCUCAUUAAAAAUCAGUUGACUUUAGGCAGGGUAGUUUUCUUUGCAGACAGUCUUUUGAACCAUAUAAUAGAUAUUUUGAUUUGCAUUUUUGUAUAUACUUGCAUUGAUUCCUAGGUUUUUACUGUAAUCCUGUAUGUAGUGUUUUUGAAAAGUUUAAACAUUUUCAAAAGUACAAAGUUUACAUCAACUUAAGAAUAUGUAUUACAACCCAAGUUUCAAAACGGAAAAAUCACUUAUUGGUGCCUUUAUGAUUGUCUUCUAAAUGAUAGGUCAAAUUCUUGUGGAGUGUGAAAGCAGCACUCUCAUCAAUACUUUGAGUUUAUAAUAUUUUUACAGUACUUGGUUCAACCAAUACAGUCAUCUUCGGAAUGGUAGCGGUUUCGGUAUGAAUUAAAACCAAUACAAAUCCUCAACCUCCUUCAGGGUUCCCGGGCCCAGUUGCAAGUUAAUCAGCAAAUCGUCGUGUGCCCAGCAAAAGGGUGCAAGCAUGCUUACACCCUUUUGCCGGGAAACAUGAUCACAGCAGAAAAAAAUGUUCCUGGCAAAAGGGCGUAAGAAACACAUUCUCUUUAUUUAGUAAAAACCAGAUAAAUUUAACCACAAAAUCACCACGGGCUGUACAAAAAACAACCUUGGAACAACUUAUAACGCGACUAGGGAUUUUUUUUACUUUUAGCAAAGAAAUCUUUAUAAUUCAUUAAAAUAAAACAGUUGCAUACAAAUGUCCUUUUGCAGGGAAAAAGUUUUUUUUUUUGGAAGUGAUCAUUCUUACGGGCCAAAGGGCACAAGCGCUUACAUCCUUCCUGGCACACGAUUAAAUAUUUGCUUAGCCGAUAUCUGUGCUAAAUACCAGUCACUACUAAUGUCACCUCGUGACUUUUGACCGGCAACCUUGUUUCUGCCAAGCAGUGUCCACUGCAGGUAACAACGUUUUUGUGCCCAAGAAAGCGUCUUUGGCAUGUUUCCAAGCCUGAGAUCUUAAGCCCGGUUUUGAUUUUGUCGAAUAUAUCAAGUCCCACAGUCCUCAAAAAAACAAAAGAUUGUUUGAACACGUAGUAGCCCUCUGUAUUGAUGAUGUAUUACUGUGUUUACUGCAAUGCAGAAUGGGAUAGACCAUGAGACAUCGGUGCAUUUAUUGCCAACACACUGCUAUCAUAAGCACAUGGAUACUUUCCAAAAGGCAGUUUUGUAACUGUCAUUUUGAAUCUUCCGAGGAAUUAUCUUCCACAACUAGAAUUGGUCAAAGAUUGCACCUCAAACUUACUUAUCGAAUGUCACUUGUAUGUCUGCCAUUUGCCCUACUCACAGCACACGCAGGGGGCUGUGUAGACCACGUGAUUUACCCCCACUCCAUCUUACCAUGCACUGCGUAAACACUCUGAAAUGAUAUCAGUACACAGGGCUUCCUGAAACAGUCCUUCUGGGGGGGAUGUCCUAAAUGCUGAUUUGACUGCAUGGAUUUUGAAGAAAGAAAAAACUGUGUGAGAAAAAAAUCUCUAGCAGCUUUGUCAAACUGACAUUCAAUUUCGUACCUCAGAGCAAUUGCUCUAACUUUUCAAAGAGUCUGCUUUCACAUGCGAGGUAGAAGUAGAAGCAGGGUAAACAGCGUUGCAUGAGCAGCCGGCCAAACAACAGGCCAGCACAGAUUUCUCCUCAGUGAGCACAGGUAUCCGCUCUACCUACAGGGUUUGACUCAACUUUGGUUUUGUUAUUGAAGGAGAUUUGUCUUUUCUUUUUAAGAACCUCCAAAUGAUCUCUUCUAAAUUGUUUAAUACAACAACUCCUUUUUAUUUAGUUUUAUCAGUUUCUAUUUUUUUUGAAGACCUACAUGUUUUAUGGUUGGGAAGGUCUUCAAUGCAAUGCAGGUUGUCUUCUUUGUUUUUAGUAAAUAAUUUUAAAAUAAUUUUUGACUUGUUACCUGUUUUCUUUCUGUUUUAAUCUUACAUAAUGUGCUACCUCUACAUACAUACUUUUUUAUCGUUUACUUGUCUGUUUUCUUCAUUCCAGUAAACUGUGUGCCAAUAUUCAGCGGUGUAACUUUCAUUUCAAAUUAUACUACGCUACUUUAACCCUAACAGUCCUCAAUCCUCCAACAGGUGAAGGAUUGAGGGUUGUUAGGGUUAGUGAGCAUUUAUUGUAACAAGUGGUAAGUGUCAGGAUACAUAUAUUGCUAGCUUGCACAAAAUCAAUUUUGCUGAAAUAUUUCUUGUCCCGGAUUUCAAGAGAAUGUUUCGCAUGUCAUUGUAGUAGGUGGAAAGGCUUGCGGUAGCACCAUGCGAAGGAAUAUAUGACUUAUGAGUAUGUGUAGUUCUGAAAAGAACCAAGAGUUUACUCAAAGUUUGGACUGAAGACAUCUCACAUUGUCUUCUCACAUUCAGGCAUGAGGCCAGUCGACCCUUCAGCUCUCCGACGGGUCAUUGAGAAAAUAUGUGCAGACGCUCAAGUGUUUAUGUACCCAGCCCAAUGCUCAACUUGCUCAGCACAUUUUUUGUGCUAAGCAGGACUAAGCAGAGUAUCGGUCUCAAGUGAUAGACUUAGCACUGUGUUUUGAUCGGUAUCCUGUUUCUGCUGAGCAUAUAUAUCGUUUGCUUAACACACAUUUCUUUUCUCAGCAGCACUGUGGAAUUCACUGCCAUAGGCCAGUCACAUGGUAAAUCAUCAUAAAAUUGGGACUAAGUAUAAACGGUCUUUCGUCCAUCCCAAACACGAAUAGUAGCAAUAGAAUGACAGGACCACAGUGUUUGCAUGUACAUGUGUAAUACUAGACCAGAAUUCAUCACAUCUCAUCUUAAGUUUUAUCACCUCUCCGAUUCAUGGCAAGUGUCAUUUUUUGCUCAGAUACGUUGAAAAAUUCAGAUUUGGGAACAUUUUCCACACAUCUGGGUUCAGGCACAAGAGAAUUGGUAAUUACAGUAUUCUAAGUUUCCUUUGAAGUUGUGGGUUUCUGACAGCGUAGACUGUAGACAAUCUUGACGGUCUCUAAGACUGCAUGGCGGUGCCAAAAUGUAAGCUUCUGUUCCACAGCCUCUUAUAUUCACUGUCAGUUUUGUACAAAGUGCUUCAUAUCUUUAGGAAAAUUAUAUGAUUUGGAAAUAUUCCUCUAAUAUAGUUACUUUCUACUUUUUAGUGAAAGAUAUGCAAUGUCCGUCUUUCUUAGGUGCGUGUGUGGUUUUUGAUUGAUAUCGAUUUACUUAAUGUUAAACAGAAAGUAGUUUGCAGAUGAAAUGUAUAUUGAAAAUAGUAUUUUCAUGAAUAAUACCAGUGAGUUGUGAAGUAUUGAAUGCCAUUCAGAUGGUUUUUGAACGGAUCGUAGAUGACGGUACUUUUUUGUUGAGUCUCUUUUUUCUGUUCUUUUUUUUUCUACUGUAGUGUACUGUAGUUGAAAAGAAAAUUGCUAGUUCUGUAAUAAAUUCAUGAAAUUUUGACUGUCUCACCGGGAAGAAUUUCACACUCAAGGAUUGCAUCAAGUUAAUGGCUCAGUUGAACCCAGAUUUACAAGUCGGAGCACUCAUGACAUAAAUGCAAAAUUUGUGUGGCUAUUUUUUUUUAAUUUUGAUAAAAAAUUGUUUUUAUUUCAUGCAGCAUGAGCACCUUGUAGAAAUUAUAAUUUUUGGCACAGCAGCUGGUCUACAUAUGGCUUCCUCCUCUUCUGAUAGACCCUUCCCAUAUUGCCUACUAUUUUAAUGGGCAGCCAAAGUUUUCCAAAAGUUCCCCUUCAGUUGGUGACUGGUUUUGCUUCUCAUUUCACUUCAAGCAGCGGUGUAUCUACUACUUUGUGGUUUGGUAGCUACUGAAAAUUUGUUCAGCGCUCUGGAUUAUUUGUCAGCUAUGCUGACAAGCCAGUGUAGUCUACUUUAAUAGCACUGGUAGGCAAAAACUAAGGCCACGGGAAAUCAGAGGUCACCAUAGAAUCUGCGUUGUUUUAAUUUUUGAAUGGUAACAGGAAUUUUGGUCAUAUUGCUUUUACCCUUUUUUAAAAGUAGUGUGCAUUUAAGUCUACAUUGUCAACUGUGUCAUGAUUCAGAAACUUAUGCAUUAAAAAAGAACUUGACAAAAUGA